GGGAGUGCAGUUUCCAAGAAUAUUUUCUUGUGUCGUUCGUCGUUUGAUAGCCGUGCAAUGCAGGCAAUGGAGAUGGUGACAAGGGGCUACCGACUUCAACCGCCUCCUGGUUGUCCUCGACGCAUUUAGUCAAUGAUGAUAAGCUGCUGGCAUCCAGAGAGGCUUGAUCGUCCAUCAUUUCCCUCUGUUUGCAGCUCUGGCAGAGGAGGCCAACUCACUGCUGCAGUGGAGAGAGGAGGACAGCCUGUGCCAUCCUCACGCCAGUCUCCUCGGAGCUCCUCUAGAGACUGGGGCUUCCCUCUACCCUGACCUCCAGAACGCUUACCAAGGGCAGACAAUGAACUAUAACAUGAACCAUUCAGAGGUUUUUUUUGCGUGAUUCUCAUAUCCAAGCAGUAACCAGAAGGACUUCCAUG